AUGAGCACCGAAAGUCUGGUCUACGAUGUGGAGAAAGGCGGCGUUGUCGUGGUGCGGGAGUCGCAGGCUGGCAACGGCUGCUGGAAAUGUCUGAGCAUCUGUUCUUUCCUGCUCCUGACUGGGGCCACGGCCGUCUUCGCCCUACUGCAGUUCAGGAACGAGGGGCAGUGGGUCAUCCAGGACUUCAGGGAAUCCAGGAGUUCAGGACAGAGGCAAGAACUUGCAGGCCCUAUGACGCUGAAGUUGCAAGCCCAGUCCUUGACGAAGCCGGCGGCCCAUGUCGUAGCUUCCCAUGAAUCCAAAGAACUCGUCUGGAACGACAAAGUGGCUCACACCAUGAUCCAGAACGGGAUGAAGCUGGUGGACAACAAGCUAGUGGUGCCGGCCAACGGCCUCUACUUCGUCUACUCCCAAGUGGUCUUCAAGGGGAACAAAUGUCCGGAGGAGUCCGUUCUCCUCCGGCACAUCAUCUUGCGCUUCUCCGAAGAGUACCCACAAGACGUCCCCUUGCUGACAGCCAUCAAGUCGCUCUGCGAGGGGUCCAAGUCAGCCGAGACCGAAGUGUGGUACGAGUCCAUCUACCAAGGUGCAGUCUUCCAGCUGACAAAAGGCGACGAAAUCUCAUCCAAAAUUGACUCGGCCGAUUAUUUGGAUCUGGACAGCAACGGGCAGGUGUAUUUCGGGGUGAUCGCAUUGGAAUUAGGUGCUCCUCAACAGUGAGCCACCCUCUUUUGUUCUUGACCAACUCAUCUUCCAUCCUUGAUCAACCCACCAUCCUUGGUCAACCCAUCAUCCUCCAUCCUUGAUCAACCCAUCAUCUUCCAUCCUUGGUCAACCCUUCAUCCUUGGUCAACCCAUCAUCCUCCAUCCUUGGUCAACCCUUCAUCAUUGGUCAACCCAUCAUCCUCCAUCCUUGGUCAACCCUUCAACCCUCCUACCUACAAAACCAUGACUAGCAUCCCACAUAUCACACUGACCGUCAGAGAUGGCCAAAAGACCUCUUUGGACCUCUUUCAUGCCUCUCUGACAUUAUGCCCCACGUCACCACUGAAAUGCCCACCUCCAGGGGCAAGAGCGGACCACAGUCUCUUUAGACAUGGGGCAGGAGGUUGACGCUUGGUUAGACCCGAACAGAAAUGAGUCAGAAGAGGCCGGGUCGGAACCGUUGACCUACAAAAAAAGAAGUGUCAAGUAAGACUGUAUUGUUAUUGUGGUUUAUUAUUGAUAAUUAUUUGGCUUAAUUAUUUAUUUAUUUAUGUAUUUCUAUUUAUUUGGGGUUAAACAAAGCUGCGCAUUUGCAUUGAGAGAUUUUUGUGUGUCUGUGUGUUGUACACACGUAUGACAAAUGUCGGCGAUCGGGCGGCAAAUUCUAAGCGAUGGGGCAUAGCCCAAAGUCCACACGGCUGGGUGUGUGCAGGAUUAUAUGUGUGUGUGUGUGCACAAAGAGUCAAGAAAUGGCGUCGAGACACAAACACAUCCCCGGCGGUGUGGGCUUGUUUCUAGACCCGUUGCCGUGGGUGCCCCUACACAGAGACGCCCAGCCAUGCAGGCAACAUUGGUGUGAGAAGAGACAACUUUGUGUGCACGCACACACACACACACACAGCCGUGGAGGAUGUGACGUUGUGUGGCUCUUUACCUGAGCAGCAACACAACCUCACAUGGACCCCGCCCUGUUGUGGAGAGUGCUUUGUGAUGGCUGGACCACACACACUCAUGCCUCGGUUGCCAGGGUGUUCCCCUUUGGCACACACUUAGUAGAGGAUCCCUGUAUGUAUACAAUGUAUACAUGACCCUAGCUAGCUAUAUGGAUGUAUAUUACACACAGCUGGGAUGCCUGGAUUUUCUCCCAGCUCAGGAAGGACAGCGGGGCCUGGUGGUUAGGCAUCUGGGAGCCAGGACUCCUGGGUUAUUCAGGGAGACGUGGUGGUCUCAUUGUGAGGGAAAGAAAUAUUUGUAUCUGCGAUACAGUUCCCUGAUCAUGUCUCUCUUCGGGGAUUUCGAUUGUCUUACGUUUUAUGUUAAAAUGUCAUGGGGGAGGGGAGGGAAUCUAAUUCGUUCAAUGUUGGCCAGAACAAACCUCUCGCCGCACCUUCAGGAAGGGUGGCAAGGUUUGAUUUUGUGCCGGGUCUUUUUUAUUGUAGUUAUUAU